CACGCACACACGCACACACGCACACAGCACCACCACCACACACGUCUAUACACAUGCCCGGCGCUGCGGUACGGGUGAACUGAAUGUCGAACUGGUACCUGCAGCAAUCGAGGGAAUUACCGUUUUUUAGGCUACGUACAAGCUGCGUGGCGUGGAAUUUAACUUGUGGUAUAGCCCAUCACACGGACACACAAACGGAAAGAGUGUGCGUAACCUCUCCCUCUUGCUGUGCAGCAGCCUAUACGGUUAGAAAGACAGGGGCUGGUGAAUGGAACACAUCAACGGACGGUGCUAUCACCUCUGUCCCAUUUCAAGAAACACGUAGACCCGGUGAUUGUAGUGAUUUAGCCAACCGGUGUACCGAGUGAGCGUCGGCCCAUUUGCGGACUGCACGCGCGCUCGGUAGGAAAAGGGAGGAUGGAGGCGUUUUUCACGGAGGGGACCCGUGUGUGGGUCAGGGAGAAGGAGCAGCUGGUCCCCUCAACCGUCAGCUCCUGUGGAGAUACCCUCGUCCUCACCACAGACUAUGGAGAGGUGUUGUACCUGCCCCAGGCUGAGGUGAACCGGGAGCGAGUGUGUGCCAUGCACCCGUCCAGCAUCGAUGGAGUGGAGGACAUGUCGAAGCUGGCUGAGCUCCACGAAGCUGCCAUCAUGCACAACCUCUACCAGCGCUACCAGAAGGACAGCAUCUAUACCAACAUCGGCAGCAUCCUGGCAGCAGUGAACCCCUACAAGCAGAUCCCAGGGCUGUACGACCCUGAGAGGGUGGAGCUCUACUCCAAACACCACCUGGGGGAGCUCCCGCCCCACAUCUUUGCCAUAGCCAAUGAGUGCUACCGCUGCAUCUGGAAACGCCACGACAGCCAGUGUGUCCUUAUCAGUGGGGAGUCAGGAGCUGGGAAGACGGAGAGUACCAAGCUGCUGCUCCAGUUCCUGUCAGUGAUGAGUCAGAACUCUGCUGGGACGCCCCCUUCAGAGAAGACCACACGUGUGGAGCAGGCCAUCGUACAGAGCAGUCCCAUCAUGGAGGUGUUUGGUAACGCCAAGACCGUGUACAACAACAACUCCAGUCGCUUUGGGAAGUUCAUCCAGCUGCACUUCUCUGAGAGCGGGAACAUCCAGGGAGGCUGCAUCAUCGACUAUUUACUUGAAAAGAACCGGGUGGUGAGGCAGAACCCAGGAGAACGGAAUUAUCACAUUUUCUAUGCUCUGCUGGCUGGGUCUGUCAAGGAGCAUAAGGAGCUGUACUUCCUGGGCGACCCUGCUGAGUCGUUCCACUACCUCAGCCAAUCAGGUUGCCUCAAAGAUAAGAGCCUCGAUGACAAACAACUCUUUAACAGCGUCAUGGAGGCGCUGAAAGUGAUGGAGUUCACAGAGGAGGAGAUCCGAGACAUGUUCAAGCUGCUGUCUGGAGUCUUACAGAUGGGCAACAUGGAGUUCAUGACUGCAGGAGGAGCACAGAUAACCUCCAAGCAAGUGCUCAGUAAUGUCAGUGAGCUGCUGGGUCUGGACUCUUUCCAGCUGUCUGAAGUCCUGACUCAGCGUUCCAUGAUCCUCCGAGGAGAGGAGAUCUGUUCCCCUCUGACCAUAGAACAGGCUGUGGAUUCCCGAGACUCUGUUGCCAUGGCGCUAUAUUCCCAGUGUUUCUCCUGGAUCAUUCUUCGGAUCAACCAGAAGAUCAAAGGGAAGGACAACUUCAAAUCCAUCGGGAUCCUCGACAUAUUUGGCUUUGAGAACUUUGAGGUGAAUCGGUUUGAACAGUUCAACAUCAACUAUGCCAACGAGAAAUUACAAGAGUACUUCAACAAGCACAUAUUCUCCCUGGAGCAGCUGGAGUAUAACAGGGAGGGCGUCCAGUGGGAUGCUAUUGACUGGAUGGAUAACGCAGAGUGCCUGGAUCUCAUAGAGAAGAAACUGGGCAUGUUGGCGCUGGUUAACGAGGAGAGCCGCUUCCCCAAGGGAACAGACUUCACCCUGCUGGAGAAGCUUCACAGCAGACACUCGACAAACCCUUACUACGUGAAGCCCAGACUGGCUGACCAUCAGUUUGGAAUCAAGCACUACGCUGGAGAGGUUCUAUAUGAUGUCCGAGGGAUCCUGGAAAAGAACCGAGACACCUUCAGAGACGACAUCCUGAACAUGCUCAAGGACAGCAGGCUGGACUUCAUCUACGACCUGUUUGAGAAGGUGGGCAGCAGGAACAACGAGGAGACUCUGAAGAUGGGCACGGCCAGGCGCAAGCCCACCGUCAGCUCGCAGUUCAGGGACUCUCUCCACGCUCUCAUGGCUACCCUGAGUGUGUCCAACCCCUUUUUCAUACGCUGCAUCAAACCCAACAUGGACAAGAAUCCCAGCAAGUUUGACCCGGAAGUUGUUCUGAACCAGCUGCGGUAUUCUGGGAUGCUGGAGACUGUCAAGAUCCGUCGGGCAGGCUUCCCUGUUCGCAGAACCUUCAAGGACUUCUUCUGUCGGUACAAGAUCAUUGUGAAGGGGAAGGAGAAGACAGCUGCAGGAGAUGAUAAGAAGAAGAGCACAGACCUGCUGGUCAAGUACGACAAGACCAAAAAGGAGUGGCAGCUUGGGAAGACCAAGGUGUUCAUGAAGGAGUCUCUGGAGCAAUGCCUGGAGAAGGACCGGGACGAGGUGCGUCGGCAGGCAGCCAUGAUCAUCAGAGCUCACCUGCUCACCUUCUCAGCCAGGAAGCACUUCAAGCGCGUGCGCGUCAGCGUCGUCACCCUCCAGAAGCACUUCCGCAGCCACCUCCUGCGCAGGCGCUUCCUGCGGGAGCGCAAAGCGGCGCUGGUGCUGCAGAAACAUCGGCGGGGUCAGGUGGCUCGGACCCGGGUCCGGAAACUCCGGGGGGAGAGGAGGAGGAAGAGAGAGGAGGCGGAGGGGAAGACGGGCGAGGAGGGGAAGAAGGACCAGGCGGAGAAAGGCGAGGGGGAGUCGGACGAGGAGACGGAGGGAGGAGCGGAGGGGAAGGAGGUCAAGGCCUCAGAGAGGGUGUCUCCCGGAGGGACCGAGGAGGAGGCCCGUCAGAUGGAGGAAAUCCUGAACCUGGAGCGAGAGAUCGAGCGCCUGCAGAAGAAGAGAAAGGACGGCGUGUCCCAGCUGUGCGAGUCCUCCAAGCAGGAGCUUCGGCUCCGCAGGGACGCCGAGAUCAAGCGGCUGAAGAAGGAGGCUUCACGCAAGGCCACGGAACUCAUCGACCUCCUGGACUUUGGGGGCCUGGAUCCCGGCCUAGCGGCUCCCUCUGGUGCUUCGGCGGAGACCAAACCCAAACCCAAGCCCCAGGAGGGGGCAGGAGGAGCCACUGCAGCACCCAAAGAGGAGGAGGUGGACGAAGGCUUCCAUGCGGAAGAGGAGGGGUGCAUCCCCCUGCCGGACUUCCCCCCUCCGGCCGAGACGGACGCCCCCCUGGACCAGGACAUCUUCGCCCACCUGCCCCCUCCUCCUCCGGCCUUCGCCGAGGGAACCGUGUCGGCCGCGCCCCCUCCUCCCCCUCCUCCCCCUCCUCCCCUGCCCGGAGACGGCUCGACCCCACCUCCUCCUCCCCCUCCUCCCCCUCCUCCCCCCUCCCUGCCUGGCAUGGAGGGACCAGGGGGAGAGAACCAGGAGAAGGAGGGUGAGCUGGGGAGGAAGACGAGCAUGGCCGAGAGCCUGGGAGACGGGGAGGAGCCCAUCUACAGCAUGCCGGCCGACACCGAAUCCGACUACGACCAGGAGGAGGAGGAGGGCUCUGUCACCGCGGGAGACGACGGCUCCGGUACCGGGAGCAACCGUGGCAGCGCGGCCAUGACGGAGGACGAGAAGUUGAGGAAGUCCACCUGCACCAACGCCAGCCUCGAGUCCUACAGAGGCAGCUCGAGCUCUUACGUGGAGAGCGACGAUGAGCAUGACGGCCUGCUGGACACCGACGAGGAGGUGACCAAUGGGAGGGUGAGCGUGCUCAAUGGGAACGGACCUGCGUACUUCCACAGCUACCUGUACAUGAAGGCUGGGCUGAUGAUCCCGUGGAGGAGGCGUUGGUGUGUGUUGAAGGACGAGACCUUCAUGUGGUUCCGAUCCAAACAGGAGUCGCUCAAGUCUGGCUGGCUCUACAAGAAGGGUGGCGGUCUCUCCACUCUCUCCCGCAGGAACUGGAAGAUGCGCUGGUUUGUUCUGAGGGACAGUAAGCUCAUGUACUUUGAGAACGACAGCGAGGAGAAACUGAAGGGAACCAUUGACAUACGUGCGGCCAAAGAGAUAGUGGACAAUCACGAGAAGGAGAAUGCACUGAACAUCGUGACAGAAGAGAGGACCUAUCAGGUGUUCGCUGAGUCACCAGAGGAUGCCAGUGGGUGGUUCAACGUGCUCAGUAAGGUGCAUGUGUGUACCCCCGAACAGCUCAUGGACAUGUCUCACGAGCAGGCCAACCCUAAGAACGCUGUGGGCACGCUGGAUGUGGGGCUCAUAGACUCUGUGUGUGCCUCAGACAACCCAGACAGGCCCAACUCGUUUGUGAUCAUCACAGCCAACCGGGUGAUCCACUGUAACACAGACAGCCCAGAGGAGAUGCACCACUGGAUCAGCCUGCUGCAGAAGCCCAAGGGAGACUCCAGGAUAGACGGCCAGGAGUUCCUGGUCAGGGGCUGGCUCAACAAGGAGAUUAAGACGGGGGCCAAGAGCUCGUGCCUGAAGCUGAAGAAGCGCUGGUUCGUGUUAACCCACAACUCCCUGGACUACUACAAGAGCUCCGAACGCAACUCCUCCAAGAUGGGAACGCUCCUCCUCAACUCCCUCUGCUCCGUCGUUCAGCCUGACGAACGAGUGCACCGGGAGACAGGCCACUGGAACAUCAUAGUGCAUGGGAGAAAGCACUCGUACCGCCUGUACACUAAGAUGCUAAACGAGGCCAUGAGGUGGACAGCUGCCAUCCAGGGGGUCAUUGACAGCAAGACCCCCAUAGAGACCCCCACCCUGCAGCUCAUUCGAGACAUCAAGGAGAACAGUGUGAACCCAGACUUAGUGGAGCAGACCUACAGGAGGAACCCCAUCCUCAGAUACACCCAGCAUCCUCUCCACUCUCCUCUCCUCCCCCUGCCCUACGGAGAGGUCUCCAGGCUCCAGAGGGAGCAGGGCUACGCCAGCCUGCAGGACGAGGCCGUCAGGGUGUUCAACUCCCUGCAGGAGAUGGAGACGCUGGCCGACACGGUGCCCAUCAUCCAGGGCAUCCUGCAGACCUGCCAGGACCUGAAGCCUCUGCGGGACGAGGUAUAUUGUCAGGUGAUCAAGCAGACCAAUCACGUGCCUCAGCCUAACAGCCCAGCCAAUCGGGCACAUUGGCACCUGCUUACCUGCAUGAGUUGCACCUUCUUGCCCGGCCGAGCCAUCCUGAGAUACCUGAGAUUCCAUCUGAAGAGGGUGCGAGAGCGCUUCCCGGCAACAGAGAUAGAGCGCUACGCUGGCUUUAUCGGGGAGUCCCUGAAGAAGACCAAGUCAAGGGAGUACGUGCCCUCCCAGGAGGAGAUCGCCGCCCUGCUGGUCAGACAGGAGAUGAGCACCACCGUCUACUGCCAUGGCGGAGGGUCCUGCAAGAUCUCCAUCAACUCACACACCACUGCCGGAGAGGUGGUGGAGAAGCUGAUCCGAGGCCUGGCCAUGGAGGAGAGCAGGAACCUGUUCUCCCUGUUUGAACACAACAAGGUGACCGACCGAGCCCUGGAGAGCAGGGUCAUCGUGGCUGACGUCCUAGCCAAGUUCGAGAGACUGGCGGGUAGUGAGGAAGAGGAGGAGGAGGGAGGCUGGAGGCUCUACUUCAAACUCUACUGUUUCCUGGACAUGGAGAGCAUGCCCAAAGAGGGAGUGGAGUUUGCCUUCAUGUUUGAGCAGGCUCACGAGUCUCUGAUCAGUGGUCACUUCCCCGCCCCAGAGGAGACUUUGCAGCACCUGGCCGCUUUACGGCUGCAGUAUCUCCACGGUGAUGGUGCAGGCCGGGCCGGGUGGAGCCUGGGGACAGUCUAUCCAAUAGGACGUCUCCGCAACCGGAUCAUCCACUCCACCAAGCAGGGCGCGGCCUCGGCGGGAGGAGGAGCCGGAGGGGCGGGGGAAAGGUCCAGCGGGGGUCAGGGAGCAGUCGGAGGGCAGGGAGGAGGGGCGGGGGCGGGGCAGGAGAAGCGACGCACCCCCAGCUUCCUGGACGGAACGCUGCGACGGAGCUUCAAGACGGGCUCUCUUAAGAAACAGAAAGUGGAAGAGGAGCAGAUGCUGGAGAUGUGGGUGAAGGAGGAGACGUCAGCCACCCGGGCCAGCGUUCUGGAGAAGUGGACCCGCCUCCAGGGCAUGCCCCAGCACCAAGCCCUGCUCAAGUACAUGAGCAUCGUCAAGGAGUGGCCCGGAUAUGGGUCCACGCUGUUCGACGUGGAGUGCAAAGAGGGAGGGUUCCCCCAUGACCUGUGGCUGGGUGUGAGUGCUGACAACCUGUCUGUGUACAAGAGAGGAGAGCCCAAGCCCCUGGAGACCUUCCAGUACGAACACAUCACCUUCUUCGGAGCUCCCCAGCCCUGCACCUACAAGAUCACUGUGGACGAGAGGGAGAUGUAUUUCGAGACGCCCCUGGUGGGUGAGCUCACCAAGAUCAUGAAGGCCUACAUCAACAUGAUGGUGAAGAAACGCUGCAGCAUUAUGUCCGUCUCCAGCGUCGCCAGUGCGUGGAUCAGGUGAUCGCCAGCAGCCAAUAGCAGCCCUUGAAUCAGCAGCACAGGGCUUGUCAGAGAGAGAGAGAGAGAGAGAGAGAGAGAGAGAGAGAGA